CAGUUAUCGAGUAGAGUCACGGCAUAAUCGUGCUCUAUUUCCAUUGCUUUGUCUCGCGAUGUGGCCGCGCAUAUAUGGUAGGUUAAUCCCAAUGCCUCGCUCUAAUAGAAACUGUAUACAAUGGAGAGCAUUUACCCAAGAUGCGCAAUAUAGCGCUGUUCCCAAAACACAACCAGCAUUGGCACGAAACAGCCAGGUACCGUAUUCUAGUUCCCGCUGAUUGAUGGGAAUACUAGUCUCGUCAAGCAGCCAUUGUAAAGCCUCGACCCGGUUACUUCUCUCUGCACCUGUGGACUAUGGAGGGCAUUACUGCGGCGGAAGUCGGGCAAAGCCACUCGCAAGUGUCGGUAGGUUUCUGUACCAGCUCUUGAAUUCAGCAUUGGGAUCGGCACCAUGUUCUAGACACCAGCGUAAAUCUUCCUCAGAAAGACGAUCUUGUCAUAGCUGCCCGCGCGGCUUUGGUGGGCAGAUGGCUGAUGAGAUAAUAGAUCGGUUAGACGGUGACUUUGUCGGUGUAAGGAAUGUGCAAUGCCAUGUAGACCUCGAAAUCCUCAGGGCCAAGGGGGUCGAGGAAGAGAUGAUUUCUCUGAGCAAUUUGUUUCUGCAGCUCAGCAAGCUGCCAGUGCUCUCACUGACUGCGGCGUAUGUUGAUAACAUAGCACUAACCGGAAAUAAAACAGGAUAAUUUAUAUGCUCCCCAAGUAUUCUAGACUCCAUAGACAUGCCGCAGCAGUGAUACCUACCGGCAGUUCUUAACAACGAGCGACAUAUCGAUAUACAUCGAAAGCGGGAAUGGAUUCUUCAGAGGGAGAAUCCAUUUUGUCCGAGGCAUAAUAAGGC